AGAUUUUUUCUCUUCCCUCUCUCAUGAAAUAGAAUCCGUAAGUCUCUCAACAAAACUACCAUCCAUGCAUCUCCUUUAUCAAACACAUUAGCUUCGCACAAUUUCAUCCUCUCUCACCUCACUUCCCACAGUUCUCUUAGCUUUAAUUUCUUCUUCAACAGUUCUCAAAUACACAUCGAUCACACAGAAAAACUUCACUCUCUCAAACAGAUCUCCAACUUCGAACAUGAGCUUCUGCGUUCCCACCUGGGAUGUUGACAACAAUAUUCCCUCAGCCACCAGAACCUCUCUUCCUUCUAACUCCAAUUCCACCGUCCCUGAUCUCCUCCCCACGUUUGACUAUGAAGUUGCAGAACUUACAUGGCAGAACGGGCAGAUAUGGAUGAACGGGAUGGGUCUGCCACGGCUUCCGGCGAAGUCCAUCAACGCCUGCGUGGUGGCAAGUACAAGGUCCGAUCCCUUGACCUCCCAUUCAAAGUUUCGAGCAAGUGGCACCUUGGAGUCCAUAGUCAAUCAGGCAACACGUUUCACCCUGAACUCCAAAACCAUGUCGCAAACUCUUGACGAAGACUGCGGCGGAGGGGGCGGUGACGAAGACAAGUUAGUGCCAUGGUAUGAACCUCAACGAGGCGGCGGUGGCGCUGCUGUAUCGAACACCAUGCCUAUGGAUGCCUUGGUUCCUUGCUCGAUUCGUACGGACGAGCAGAGUACAGCAGUUGUGGAUGAAUCUAUUGAUGGAGGGAUUGGCACGCGCGGCACUGGAAUGGUUCGCUCAGCACAUGUGUGUUCUCGAGGCGGAGACGGCGGCGGCGGCACUGCUGUGAGGCCUACUGGGGUGGCACCUGCUCCUGUAGCCCGCCAGUGGGAUCAAAGUUUAAGUGAGAGAGACAGCCAUCACGUGACACCGGACGCCGGCGACAGGGAAUUGGAUGUGGGUUAUACUUCUGCUUCGAUGGGUUCGCCGGAAAACGCAAGCUCGGUCAGGCUUUACACGAAGAUGACCGUCGCUGAUGACCAUGAUUCUGUUUGCCACAGUACACAGAGAGAAGAAGAUGAGGAUGAGGACAAAAAAGAAAGAACGGUAAAAUCUUCAUCGUCUAAUAAACGGCGUAGAGCUGCUGAUGUGCACAAUCAGUCUGAAAGAAAAAGGAGAGACAAGAUAAACCAAAGGAUGAAGACAUUGCAGAAGCUGGUUCCAAAUUCCAGCAAGACUGAUAAAGCUUCAAUGCUGGAUGAGGUGAUAGACUACGUGAAGCAACUUCAAGCACAAGUGCAAAUGAUUAAUAGAAUGAGUCUGUCUUCCAUGAUGCUGCCAAUGACUCUGCAACAGCAACAACUUCAACUCAUGUCCAUGAUGACUGCAAUGGGAAUGGGAUUAGGUAUGGACAUAAACACUAUGGCUCGCCCUAACAUGCCCGCCGUCCCUCCGAUUCUCCACCCUACCGCCACUGCCAGUUUCAUGCCGAUGCCAUCAUGGGACGCUUCCACUGGCGGCAAUCGACUUCAAGGAGCGGUGCCUGACUUCUUGUCCCAAUUCCUGGCAUGCCAAACACAGGUCUGAAAAUGCCCAUGACCAUGGAUGCAUACAGUCGGAUGGCUGCAAGUUAUCAGCAAAUGCAGCAAGCUCCAGCAUCAAGUUCCAAGAACUGAUCUUUCUGGUGUUCUUCUGAUCUGUGUUGUGAAACUAUUGUUACAACCAUAAUAGCUAAAAAAGUUUGUAGCUUUUUCUGCAAACAAGAUGUGUAUAUCAAUUAGUUAUAAGUUAGACAUGUGAACCGAAAUGCGACAUAGCUUCUUAUAGGUUUUAUAUAUUAUAUUGACAUUAAUUCAAAUAGUGUGGCUUUGAAAAAGGGAAAAAAAAAAGUAAGCACUACUGAACUCAGUUGGUUAAUUUUAGUGCCUCUUUUCCCUUCAUAAACUGCUUGAAAUUAGUGGAUUUGAGUUAUAUAUACUCCUGCACAAUUGUAUGUUAUGGUAUUUUUAUUGAAUAUAUAUAACUGAGCUUUAUCCAUUCCUA